AUGGGAACUCCUACUCUAAGCUUUGUGCUCUUUAGUUUUUUCACCCUUUUGUGUUUCACUUGGCCGCCUUCUGUUUCUUCUCUUCCUAUGUCUUUGAGAAGACAAGCUUCUAUCUUGGUUUCUCUCAAACAAGAUUUUGAAGCCAACACUUCUUUGAAUGGCUGGGACAUGUCUAACUACUUGUCUCUUUGCACUUGGGAAGGUAUUCAAUGUGACCAAAAGAACAUGUCUGUGGUGUCACUAGAUAUAUCCAACCUUAAUGUUUCUGGGACACUUUCACCUUCCAUCACAGGACUCAGGAACCUUCUGGAAAGGUUGAGGUUCCUCAACAUAUCUAACAACAUGUUCAGUGGAGACGUGAGUUGGGAAUUCUCUCAGUUGAAGGAGCUUGAAUUGUUGGAUGCUUAUAACAAUGAGUUCAAUUGUUCACUCCCUCUUGGUGUCACUGAGCUAGCUAAGCUCAAGUACUUGAAUUUUGGCGGGAACUUUUUCAAUGGUGAAAUUCCUCCAAGCUAUGGAAACAUGGUGCAGCUCAAUUUUCUAUCUCUUGCAGGGAAUGAUUUGAGAGGCUUCAUACCAACUGAGUUUGGAAAUCUCACCAACUUGUCUCAGCUUUUCUUGGGAUAUUACAAUCAGUUUGAUGGUGGAAUACCACCUCAGUUUGGUAAGCUGGUUAAUUUAACUCAUCUUGACCUCGCAAACUGUGGCUUGAAAGGUCCAAUUCCAGCUGAAUUGGGCAACCUCAUCAAACUUGACACUCUCUUCUUGCAAACUAACCAGCUCAGUGGUUCAAUCCCUCCUCAACUAGGCAACCUGAGUAGCUUGAUAUGUCUUGAUCUGUCAAACAAUGAGUUAACAGGAGACAUCCCAAAUGAGUUCUCAGGCCUUCAUCAGCUUACCCUCUUGAAUUUAUUCAUGAACAGGUUGCAUGGUGAAAUUCCACCUUUCAUUGCUGAGUUACCUAAGUUGGAAGUGCUCAUGCUUUGGAGGAACAACUUCACAGGUGCCAUUCCUUCAAAGCUUGGCCAGAAUGGUAAAUUGACUCAGCUUGACCUGUCAACAAAUAAGCUCACAGGAAUGCUUCCUAAAUCUCUAUGCUUUGGAAAGAGGCUGAGGAUUUUGAUCCUUCUCAACAAUUUUCUGUUUGGAUCUUUGCCUGCUGAUCUUGGUGAAUGCUACUCACUGCAAAGAGUUCGUUUGGGGCAGAACUAUUUGACAGGAUCAGUACCAAAUGGUUUUCUUUAUUUGCCUGAGUUAUCCCUUUUGGAACUACAGAACAAUUACCUUAGUGGUUGGCUUCCACAAGCAACAAGCACUGCACCCUCGAAGCUUGGACAGUUGAAUCUAUCAAACAACCGUUUAUCUGGUUCUCUACCAACCUCUAUUGGAAACUUUCCCAACUUGCAAAUUCUGCUUCUUCAUGGAAAUAGAAUCUCAGGAGAAAUUCCCCCAGAUAUAGGGAGGUUGAAAAAUAUACUCAAGUUGGAUAUGAGUGUUAACAACUUUUCAGGCACUAUUCCUCCUGAGAUAGGUAACUGUUUGCUACUCACCUAUUUAGAUUUGAGCCAAAACCAACUAUCAGGGCCUAUCCCAAUUCAGGUUUCUCAAAUUCACAUACUAAACUAUCUCAAUGUCUCAUGGAACCACCUAAACCGAAGUCUUCCCAAGGAACUUGGGGCCAUGAAGGGCUUAACUUCAGCAGAUUUUUCUCACAAUAAUUUCUCUGGUUCAAUACCAGAGGAGGGACAAUUUUCAGUUUUUAAUUCUACAUCCUUUGUGGGAAAUCCUCAGCUCUGUGGCUAUGACUUGAAUCCAUGCAACCAUCCUUCAAAUGCAAUGUUGGAGUCUCUGGGCAAAGGCAGUGCAAAACCAGGAGUUCCUGGGAAGUAUAAGCUUCUUUUUGUGUUGGCACUAUUAGGCUGUUCAUUGGCAUUUGCAAUCUUGGCCUUUAUCAAGAGCAGAAAGCAAAGGAGGUACCCCAGUUCAUGGAAGCUCACAGCAUUUCAGAAGCUGGAAUAUGGAAGUGAAGACAUAGUGGGGUGCAUAAAGGAAAGCAAUGUCAUAGGAAGGGGAGGAGCUGGUGUUGUAUACUGUGGAAACAUGCCAAAUGGAGAACAAGUAGCUGUGAAGAAGCUGUUAGGAAUCAACAAAGGCUGUUCUCAUGAUAAUGGACUCUCUGCUGAAAUAAGAACACUAGGUAGAAUCAGACACAGGUACAUUGUGAGGUUGCAAGCUUUUUGUUCAAAUAGAGAGACCAAUUUACUUGUUUAUGAGUAUAUGCCAAAUGGAAGCUUAGGUGAAGUCUUGCAUGGGAAAAGGGGAGAGUUUCUCAAGUGGGAUACUAGGCUGAAAAUAGCAACAGAAGCUGCAAAAGGACUUUGUUAUUUGCACCAUGAUUGUUCCCCUCUGAUAAUCCAUAGAGAUGUUAAGUCAAACAACAUAUUAUUGAACUCUGAAUUUGAGGCUCAUGUUGCUGAUUUUGGUCUUGCCAAGUUCUUGCAAGAUACUGGAACAUCAGAGUGCAUGUCUUCAAUUGCUGGUUCUUAUGGCUAUAUUGCUCCAGAAUAUGCAUACACAUUGAAAGUUGAUGAGAAAAGCGAUGUGUAUAGCUUUGGAGUGGUACUGCUAGAACUAUUAACUGGGAGAAGGCCAGUAGGGGAUUUUGGAGAAGAAGGAAUAGACAUUGUUCAAUGGACCAAGCUGCAAACAAAUUGGAGCAAAGACAAAGUAGUGAAGAUCCUUGAUUCUAGGCUAUGUCACAUUCCCUUAGAAGAAGCAAAGCAGGUAUACUUUGUGGCCAUGCUAUGUGUUCAGGAACAUAGUGUGGAGCGACCAACCAUGAGGGAAGUGGUUGAAAUGCUAGGACAAGCAAAGCAACCAAAUACAUUUCAAAUGAAGUGAUCUACGAAAGAACCAAAAAGAA